GAGACUCAGAGCAAAAAUUUGAGUUUCCUGAUUUCUAAAAUUUUUAUGGAGUGCGAUUGCAUGGGGUGCCAUGCCAUCGAGUGCCCUUCCCACGGCACCGUCAGCCCUUCCCUUUUCGUGUAUAUUUUCAAAUCCCUAUGUGUGCUGGCGCUAACAGCGCCAGUAAUUUCUGUUACGUUCCGGUUUUGUCUCCUCGCCGCUAGCUGCAACUUUGCCUAGCAGACGAUUACACUACACCCGAGUUCAAUUUACUUUUUAUUUUAAGUAUUCGUAACCUCUUUUACUGUUGUCAGUUAAUAGUAAGCGCAGACCAAAAUACCGUGUCUCCCUCUACAAACCAGAUAGAAUGUCUCUCAGUGUACUUCGUGCCAUUGGCACAGAGAGUCUUUUAAAGAAUACAUUUAGAAUUCCAACCAUGUGUCUUGUUUCGAGAAACUUUGAAGCAGGAAGGAUGUCUUCAAGCAAGCCAAACAACCCCCCAAGUGAUGAUGCUUCUCUCAAAACAAAGAGCUUUGGCCCCAGCAAUGGUUAUUCUGCAGUUUACAGAUUACCCUCUGCUGGAAAACUUGCCUUCAUCAAUAGUUCCAAACAUAAUCAAAUGAAAGUUCUUGCACCUGCUGCACCCGUAUCAAUGAUUCUUACAUAUUUUGAAUUAAUAUCUGGAGAUACAGCUGCUGUCAUAUGUGUUGCAGGUAUAGUGAUAGCACUAAAGCUACAUCUUCUGAGCAUCUUUGCCACAAAUAUGAUAGGUUUUGUCUAUUUAAGUCCUGACCUGUCCACUGUUCAGAUAUCUUACAUUGACCACAAAGGUUCGCGUAAAGAUGAGUUUAUUCCAGCUUCAGAUAUUGUCCCUCUUUCAGAAACUCCUCGUAAUGUAAUGGAAAAGUUUUAUUCCCAUAUUUUUAGGUAUUCAAAUAAAGGAUCUGUUCCAAACUUCAAGUUAAGUUUGUUAUUUGGUGAAAUAAUAAAUAUAAAGCAUUUCAGACAUGUGUUUGGAAAUAAAAUAUAGCUCAUUGUGUAUCAGAAAGGUUCUGGAUCAAAAUUGUAAGAUAUGUGCUGAUUUUCCGCUGACAAAGGUGUUCCAUAGCUGCUCUAAGAUGGCAUGGAUUCUAAGUUCAUACUCUUCUGUAUCAUCAUUUUCACAUUGACAAUAAUAAAUUUAUUUAAUCAUAA